AUGAGUCGAUUUUGCCUUUGUGAAAGGGUUUCUCACUGCUGUCUCGCCAUUUUACUGGCAGGCGUCCUUCUGAAGCCGGUUUCCUUUGCUGUUUCACCGCCUCCCACUCAGGAGCCCUCACCAGUGCCGACCUGCGACAAGACACACAGUGAAAGGGCCACGCUUGAAACCGAGCUUUCGUUGACUGUCGGUCCCGAACAGGACAGCGUUUCGUUCAAGUGUAGUUCGACCGCGAACGCACAGCGUGAGCCAGAAAAGGAGAAUGUCUAUACAGAUGCCAAUUGCUCACAAACGACGCAGUUGACGACUCUGUUUAGCGGCGCCGAUCUGCAGGAAGUAGGAGAUAACGGGCAAAAAACGUACACGCUCAACAUCCCGAAGAACUCACGCAAGGCGACGCAGCAAGAACUGUACUACAAAUGCACCCUGGAGAAAGAACUGCACCACAAAAAUGGGAAUGCGGUGUCAGAAACGGAAGGACAAGUGUGCAAGGUCAAAAUUACCGUUGAGGCUGUCAAUAAAGAUGAGCCUGACCCGGAGCAGAAUGACGAGCAACCAGCAGGGCCCAUCGAAUGCACAGGUAGUGACACAAUGAAGGAGGCAAGUGUCUCCGCAGAAUCUCCUCUCUCAUUCAAAUGUGGAGCUGGAAUGUCCCUGCACCCGACAAAUUUGACAGACGUGUUUGAUGACCAGGACGGGAAGUGCGCCGCUGAGGUUGCCCUGCAGACUCUCGUUGACGCCACAUUAACAAAAACUGACGCUGAAGCCACACAUAACGAACAGCCAGUGUACCAGCUUGCUGUGAAGACGGCCCCUUCUGAAGACACUGCCCUUUGCUACAAGUGCGUACCUUCAUCGUCCAGCGACACAAAAAGAGAGAUACAGUCGGGUGGAGAAUCUAGUGCAAAAGAAUGCCUUCUGAAAAUAUUUGUGAAGGGAAGCGCGUCUUCCGCGUUUUCGGCGACAUGGGGAGCCGCCCAGACAGCAGUCGCCUUUUUUGUCGCAGCACAAUUGUUGCCAGGCAUGGUUGACGCGUAG